AGCAGCAGCAGCAGCAGCAGCAGCAGCAGCAGCAGCAGCAGCAGCAGCAGCAGCAGCAGCAGCAGCAGCAGCAGCAGCAGCAGCAGGGACUGACUGCCGUCUGGACGGCCUGGAGAAAGGCCUGCAGCGUGACGUUGGCUCUGAUCAGCAGCAACUUUCGUCUCAGUGCGAAAUCGGAGUUGAAGGAGACACAAACUGCUGCUGCAGCUGCUGCUGCUGCUGCUGCUGCUGCGCAGACCGCGCCAGACACAAGAAGCAAGACAGCACCUGUCCCCUUUCUGCCCGAACAGCCAGCAGCUCCGUCAGCAGCUCCUCUGAAGGGCACAAAGCAGCAGCAGCAGCAGCAGCAGCAGCAGCAGCAGCAGCACCUAAGACUGCAGCAGCAGCGGCAGCUGCAGCAGCACAGACUGCAGCAGCAGCCGCAACAGCUGCAGCAGCUUCGCGCCACGCAAAAAAGGAAUCAGAAAAACCAGCAUCACUUCCAGUCCACAGUGAAGCAACAAGAGCAGCAGCAGCAACAGCAGCAGCAGCAGCAGCAGCAGCAGCAGCAGCAGCAGCGCUGCUUACCGAGAAUCUCGCGCCUCUCACUGAAAUUCGCCGCCUCAAUAUCUUCUGUGCAGCACAAAUCUGCAGCAGACCGCAGAAAACAGCAGCAGCAGCAGCUGCAAGACCAGCAGCAGCAGCUGCUGCUGCAAGUCCAGCAGCAGCAGCUGCUGGUGCAAGAUCAGCAGCAGCAGCUGCUGCAAGAUCAGCAGCAGCAGCUGCUGCAAGAACAACAGCAGCAGCUGCUGCAGGACCAGCAGCAGCAGCUGCUGCAAGACCAGCUGAGGCAGCAGAAUGUGCACCGCUCCAACACCCCCACCACAAACAGCAGCAGCAGCAGCAACAGCAGCAGCAGCAGCAGCAGCAGCAGCAGCAGCAGCAGCAGCGGCUCUUGCUGCUAA